UCACUCAUGUGGUUUAGAAGUGCUGGCAAGCCAAGUUGCGCGCCUGUAUAUUGAGAGGGAAAAAAAAAACAGAAGAAAAACUGUAAGAGGUGGGGGAAACAGAAGAGAAAGAGGAAGACAGAGAAGAAGAGAGUGACACCUCAGAGUGAAGACAAACAAGCCAAGGAGAAGAGAAACAUCAGGAAACCAUAACCUAAAGGAGGUCCUCAUCUUCUACUUGAAGACCCUCGGCUGAGGGUUUCUCCUGCUUCAUCCAAACUGAGGACCAAAAAGGAAUAUGCCUUGGCCUCCCUGUCCUCCCUAUCACCGAUCCAGACGGUCAACAUGAUCUCCCACUACCCUCUGGCCACCCUGCUGCCCUGGCCUGCUACUCCCCACUACAACACCUGUCCCGACCUGGACUGCAUCCUGCUGCUGGAAGGGGAGGGUGGCGUCUCCCUGCAGAGGUACCAGCCUCGCUCUCCGGAGAGCAGUCCACACCACUGGAGCUCUGUGCAGGACUGGGGGGAGGAAGUCGAGGAAGGAGCCAUUUACAAUGUGACGCUAAAGAGGGUUCAGAUCCAGCAGGCAGCAAACAAGGGAGCAAGAUGGCUCGGGGUGGAGGGUGAUCGUCUACCUCCCGGCCACACUGUGAGCCAGCUGGAGACAUGCAAGAUCCGAAGCAUCCGCGCUGGAACACUGGAGCGCCUGGUGGAGACGUUACUGACUGCAUUCGGAGACAACGACCUCACCUACACCUCCAUCUUCCUGUCCACCUACAGAGCCUUCGCCAGCACGCAGACUGUGCUGCAGCUGCUGCUAGACAGGUAUGGAAGUGUAGGAGAAAAUGAGCAGGAGUCAGGGAGAUGCCAAGGCACUGAAACCAAUGGAGCCAUCAGAAAUGCCUUAGCCUCCAUUCUGCGUGCAUGGCUGGACCAGUGUCCUGAAGACUUCCAGGAGCCUCCAGACUACCCCUGCCUCCACCGGCUCAUGGACUACCUGCGCAGGACUCUGCCAGGCUCUGAGGCUCUGAGACGAGCAGAGAGUCUGCUGGAGCAGCUGCAGAGUCAGGCUGGCAUGGAUGAAAGUGAUGCUGGUUUUCAAGGCAACAGUUCUUUCUGCCUUGGGGAGGAAGAAGAAGUGGAGAUUGAGCUGCAGGAGGACUUUGUGUCAUUCGAUGCAGACCUAGUGGCAGAGCAGCUGACCUACAUGGAUGCACUGCUGUUUAAAAAAGUUGUACCACACCACUGCCUGGGCUCCAUCUGGUCUCAGAGGGAUAAAAAGCACAACAAGCACAGCGCCCCCACCAUCCGUGCCACUAUCACGCAGUUUAACGCAGUGGCAGCCUGUGUGGUCAGCACAGUGCUGAAGCACAGACAGAUCAGACCACAUGUCAGAGCGCGAGUCAUCCAGCGCUGGAUAGACAUCGCACAGGAGUGCAGGAUACGUAAAAACUUCUCCUCUCUCAGAGCAAUUGUUUCUGCGCUGCAGUCCAACCCUCUCUACAGGCUGAAAAGAGCAUGGGCCUGUGUGAACAAAGACAGCAUGCAGACGUUUGAAGAACUGUCAGAUAUUUUCUCCGACCACAACAACUACCUGACCAGCAGAGAGCUCCUCAUGAGGGAAGGCACUUCAAAGUUUGCCAGUCUGGAGAGUUGUGCCAAGGAGCACCAGAAACGUACACACAAGAGACUUCAGCUGCAGAAGGAAAUGGGAGCAAUGCAAGGAACCAUUCCAUAUUUGGGGACUUUCCUGACAGACCUGACCAUGUUGGAUACGGCUCUACCUGACCUGGUGGAGGGUGGUCUGAUCAACUUUGAGAAGAGACGAAGGGAGUUUGAGGUGAUCGCUCAGAUCAAACUGCUCCAGUCGGCCUGUAACAGCUACUGUCUGACUCCAGAGCCGGCGUUCCUGCGCUGGUUUAAGAGCCAGCCUCAGCUCAGUGAGGAGGAGAGUUAUGCCUUGUCCUGUGAGAUUGAAGGUCUUGGAGACAGCAGCCCAACACCGCCCAAACCUCGAAAAAGUAUGGUGAAGAGACUCAGCCUCCUGUUUCUUGGAUCUGACAGCAGUGCAGCCAGUUCUCCAGUCAGAGAGACGCCACGGUCGCCCCCUACUGGCAGCUCAGGGGAGAGCAUGGACUCGGUCAGCGUGUCCUCCAGCGACUCCAGCAGCCCGUCAGACAGCGAGGGCCUCACCCCAACACACAGCUCCGACUCACAGCACAACAAGCUAUCGGAAUCCUCCUCAUGUACGUCACUCCACUCCAUGGACACCAGCUCUUCCACAGCCAGUGUCUCCACCACGUCUGCGUCUCCCUCGCACCCCGGACCCCCCUGCACCCACAGGCGCUCCAUCUCCCUCACAGCCAUGUCACCCUGCUCCCCAAGUCAAGCCCUGACUUACAACACCCAGGCCCAGGACGCGUGCAUCAUUAGAGUGAGUCUGGAGCAGGGCAACGGGAACCUCUACAAGAGCAUACUGUUGACCAAUCAAGACAAGACUCCAGCUGUGAUCUCACGAGCAAUGGCGAAGCACAACCUAGAGACAGAGCCUGAGGAGGGAUACGAGCUUGUUCAAGUCAUCUCUGAGGAGAAAGAGCUUGUGAUCCCUGACAAUGCCAACGUCUUUUACGCCAUGAACACCUCUGCUAACUUUGACUUCCUGCUGAGGGUGCGAGGCUCCGCAGGUCGGGCGGUGCAACUCCGGAGCCGGUGUAGCUCCACGCUUCCUCGCACACAGCACAGGUCAAGCCUGUCGCUCAGACUCAGCAAAGUAACACUGUGACGCUGACCUGCAUGGGACCCUUACACCACUAAUCCAGGACAAUACAGGGUGUAGACUCAUUGGGCUGUAGAAGAGGAGGUUGGAUGAGGAGCUCUGGUAGAUUUCAGACUUUUGAGGAGCUCAUCCUGGACUGUACCAUCCCUUCUCAGCCUGUCUUUCUUGCCUUAAUAUUGAACGUGGAUGUGUAGCGCGACUGCUGUGCCAGUGGGACUAGACUUUAAAUUGUGAUGCCUGUGAUGGUGUGAAACAGCGACCUCUUGUGGCCUCUGAUUUUUACUACCACAGGUUUUUGCACAUGUUUUGGGAGUGGCCAAACUCCUGACCUCCAACAGUAUUCUGACAUUGAAUGAACUAGUGUUUUUUUUGUCUUGUGAUGUUUGUAGCUGAAUACCGUAUUUUCUGGUAACAGAAAGAGAAGGCUUUUACCUUUACAAAGAAAGAAUGGACCUCUGACAGUAUUCUGAAUGAUAUUAAUUGACUGAUUGAUUGACAGGAGCUGCGAUGCCAUUAUUUUCCCCAUUUGGACACGUUUUGUUGUGUUCAACCCCUCUCAUAUUGUGAGCUGUGUGACGAAUGCUGUGUGCGUUCUGAUUGGUUCCUUACCUUAACUUGGUUUUAACAAGUCCUUGCCUAAUUUGAAACAGCCUUACUUACCCUGACUAAAGGGUGCAUAGAUGACCUUUUCUGCUGCUUUCUGAUCCAGAGAAAUACCUUACAUUUUCAGCAUGUGUUGUACAAGCUGAGAAGAAUCUAGAAAGUCUCCCUGAAUCAGAAAACACCAUAAAAGUGUCUCUUACUUGUACCUCUUUGCUCUUCAUGAUAUGAACUAUAGAGUUGCACUUGUCAGCUGUUAGCAGAUGCCAAUGGGAUGUGAAUAGAGAAGAAUGAGCCAGCCACUCUUCACUUAAUGAAAUAUUAUUGUUAUUUGUGUUUGUAACUGUUGCUUUUAUUUUUUUUUAAAAAUAUGUUUUUGUAACACAAUUCUGGCUGGAAAAUGUGCCAGACUCUAAAGUAAUGAAGGGCUUGUGUCAUAAAAGAAAAAAAGCCAGUUUUGAAUUUAACUGUGAUCCAUUUCCAUUUGGAAACUUGUACUGAGAGACACUUUGCUUUAUCAUGCAAACAAAAGCCAAACAGCUCUUCACACAGUCAACAGCAAUCUGUUUGUCCCAUGGGUGCACUUCUCAUCUCCAUCAUCGCUUCUCACCUGUCAUAUAAACACUCAACGAGACAGUUACAGUCCAUUCCUGCAGAUCUCACAGUGCCAUGCUAAUGUGCCAUCAUUAAAUGUUUGUGUAAUCAGUUAAUGUCCCUUGGUUGGUGUUAUAUUCCUCCAUGGAGAGCUGAUUCACUUGUGUUAACGAUUCAUCGGGACUAAUCAUUCGUCUCCAUGCAGCACUUCACUUUAAAUGUUCUCGGUCCCUGUUAUUCACUGCCAAAGACUCUUGCUCUACCUGAAUAAAUAAAUUAUUAUCAUUAUUAUAA